GUGAUGGCCGAAAACGCUGCUGCGGCGCAACCAGUUGCCGCCACCACGCACACAUCCAAUGAGAUCCGUGCGUCGCUUCAAGGCUGCAUGAUUCAGAACCAAGUCAACUUUUGUGUCGGAGGUGUGGUUGCAGGGGUCCCUAUCAGCAUCUACAGCAAAAAGAUGUAUCCUUUUGCCGUCCUUGGUGUACUUGGCUCGUUCAUCGACUAUUCGUUCCCAUACGACUCGAAGUGUGUCGAACUCAAGCGUGCGCUGGACGCCGCCCUCGCUCGCGAAAAGGCCCAGUCCAUUUCUUUUCCUGAUUCUUCUUCAUAGCGACUAUCCGUAGCAUUGAAUCCAUGUAUGAACAAAUUUGAAAUGUUGGACGACUACAUGGCCA